GGCUCUCAGCACGUCACUCCCCGUCCUGCUCUCGGCUCCGGACCAUGGCUGAAUCCUCUGCGAGCGGCUGCGCUGCUGAGCGGAUCGGAUACAUCACCCGCGUCCAGAGCUUCAGCGCCUGUCACCGCCUCCACAGCAUUCACCUGAGUGACGAGGAGAAUAAGAAAGUCUACGGAAAGUGCAACAAUCCUAAUGGUCACGGACACAACUACAAAGCGGAGGUUACAGUGCGUGGAAAGAUUGACCGUCUCACCGGCAUGGUCAUGAACCUGACAGACUUGAAGAAAUGCAUUGAGGACGUCAUCAUGACUCCUCUGGACCAUAGAAACCUGGAUAAGGACGUCCCUUACUUUGCCAGCGUUGUCAGCACAACUGAGAACGUGGCUGUUUACAUUUGGGACAACAUGGUGAAGGUCCUCCCGCCCAACUUGCUCUACGAGAUCAAGAUUUACGAGACAGAUAAGAACGUUGUCAUAUACCGAGGAGAGUAAACGUCUGAGUGUUGACACAAUGUGAUGUCUGAUUUGGGAGCCCUGGAUGUGUACAAGUGCCCUUAAUCGCUGCUUGUUUAACUUCACUGUUUGCUCUGUGGACUCCGGUUUGUUAGACUGAUACAGGUUUAUGAAGGGUGAUAAAUAUUUCAGGCUUGAUGUUCAUACUCUUGCACUUAAUACAGUAGAGAUUUUGUAUCAAAUCCAAACUGAUCAGUAAACCUCCUAGAAUCUGUAGCCUUUUUAAGGUGGAAACCUUACUUAGACUAGGUAAUCCCCCUCCUUUUUGGCUUAUGACCCCUUAAAAGCAAUGGCUAGUUGCCCCCCCCCCUUAACACAUUAUACACUGGUCUACAGGUUGAAAGAGCAGUUUGUUUUGAAUCAUUUUCAAAAGCCCAAAGAAAUGCAUAGACAAAAAUAAAUAAAUUUUUGGAGCAGAAAUAUGUUUUUUCUGCCUCCCUAUCCUUUUAAUCAUUUUACAACUCCUCGGUUUUAUCUAGUGACCCCCCAGCGGGGUCCUGACCCACAUGUUGGAGACCCCUGAUUUAGACCUUCACAGGAUGCUUAAACUCCCCACUGAAAGCCAAACUACUAAUAAUUCAUACAUAAGACAUUAUACAUUUUCCUACAUUUUCAUUGAUAUGAUUUUUAGUGAAUAAGUUCCAUUUACUAUCACAGUAAUUUUACCAAUAGAGUAUUUCAGCUGUCACUGUAAAGACUGACACUAAUUGGCAGUAGCUGUCAAUCCCCCCAUCAUUACACUAUGUUUAAAAGGUUGUGUAAUUAAAAACCACCCAUCAACAAAAUAUUUUGACUAUCUCAGCUCUGAAUGAUGUUUAUCAGAAUCAAGUGUUUGAAUAGAUGUUUACAUUCAGAUCACUCUGUGGCAUUUAGACAAAUAGCGACAUCUAGUGGUACAAAACUGUACAUGUCUCAACUUGUUGCAUCAAACCUGAGUGCAAAGCAGUGUUGCAAGUGCUGAUGCUCAGUGAAGAAAUGCUUUCUUACAAUAAAAUCAGGUUUUUUUUUUUUUUUUUUUUAAAAUGAGUGAGUCAAUUACUUUUUCGCCAAUUCCAGAUCAGUGAAUGGAUGGUUUUGUUUGUGUGUCAGGUCAUUUACACGAACCAUCCCUUGUUCUGACACAUUAAAUGUUACUUCAGUGAUUUAGUAUCGUGCUUCCAUAGAGUCGGGUGGCUCAGAAGAGAGACAUUAAAGAAGAGGAGUCAAAAAGGAUGCAGCAGAGGCUAGUAUAUAUUGGUUUUUAGUAUGUAGGAUCAAGCUCCAAAAACACCGGAUGCAACAUGAUGCAAUCAUUUAUUGGACCCAGCCUGCCUGAUUAAUGCUUACAUCUAUCAGACUCCUGCUCACAGUGUGUAACACAGGCUUUAUGUUUUUCUAGCUGAGGCAACCCUGAAGAUUUGUGUGUUUAACUCAUUUCAUGAACAAAAUAUAAAAACUGUAAAAUCUGGUGUUACUCUUGAUGUCAAAUACGUGGUGUUAUUUUUAAAAGGGUUGGUAAAAUUUUGUUGUUUUUUUUUGUUUGUUUUGUUUUUUUUUAAAUGUAUCCCUUUUGUUUUCAUUUAUCCAAAAUUGUCUGUGUCAUUUUUUUUCCAGGCUGAAAAAAAAUGAUCAUAAGCUUCACAAGAGCUGCUAAAUGGACCUGAAGGUGAUAUUGUUUGGUCAAACGUAUUGGGGAUGUUUAGCCACUAGAGGGCGACCGAUUGUUUCUAGAUAAACACUACAUUUGAGUUUGGGAUCCAGGCAUUAUUGACAACAUUGUAUACUGGGUCCACAAAUUUAUGACAUAAUGAGUCAAGUUAAUAAGGUCAGAUAAGUAUUCUUCUGAUGUAGAAAUAUAGACAAGACAGACAGUGUUUAAUUCUUUCUCGACAGACAUUUGCUCUUCCAGAGACGUGUUCAUAUCAUUUUCCUUUUGUCCCAACUGUUUCCACACCGUUCUAUAGAAACAGAUCCAUAUGAUUUAUGGAGAUAAUUCUCACUGCUGUAGCGGAUACUUUGUCUUCCAGACAUAAGAUAACAUAUGCAAUCUGAUUCAUUGCCCAAGGUUCAGACAUGUAACUCUACUGCUGUGUCUUGUGGGGUUUGAAAAACUCCAGUGACAAAUCACAAUGUAAAUACAACUUACCGUGGAGCGUAUGAUGCAUUGCGAGCGGUGUUAUUACUGAUACGCUGACUUAAGCCGUUUCAUAGCCUUACAAUAAUAUGAAAUUCUCUUAAAUUCCUCGGCCAUGCAUAUUUUGCCAUAUUGCACUAAAUGAUAUCCCUGGUUCAGGCCCUUAAAGCAAUAGUUCGACAUUUUGGGAAAUACCGCAAACACCAAGACCCUCACGACCUUCACAGCUUUCACUUUGUUUUUCGUGUGGAUUAAACGAUCCAGAUAUGUUCAUUAGUGAGCUUUACAGAUGCUGGUAGGUGGAUUUUUGUUACCUUUGGUGCUUUCCAGUCUUUAUGCUAAGCUAUACUGAAUAGCUGCGGGCUGUUAUAUUUGGACAAGCAGAAUAGGGAAAUCUGGCGCAGCUUCCCCUACUUCCAGGCUUGUUCAUCAGGGUCCCUGGCAAUCCCUGAUGCAGUUAUC